UUCAUAAUGUUCAGAAUCAGAUUCAACAAUGUUCUAAUAAUAGUUUGGCUCCCUCUCAUCCUGAAGUUCUUCAGUUAAGUAAUUCUUUGCAAACUUGGCUUACUAUUCAGAAAGAAUAUUUCAUGCAGCAAGCUGGUGAUAAAUUUCUAGAGGUAGACAAAAACACUUAUUAUUUUCAUUCUUUAGCCAAUUUCAAUAAGAGAAGAUCUAAUGUUCAUGCUAUUAAGGGUCCUCUGGGAAUUUGGUAUGACUCAAGAAUUGAAAUUGAAGAAAUUAUGCUAUCUCAUUUUCAAAAUGUAACUGCUACUUCUAAGUCGCCUAUUUUUCAGGACAUUCUCAACUUGUUUCAACCCUGCAUAUCUGAUUCAGAUAAUUUGAGACUUAUUCUCCUGCCUGAUGAUCAAGAGAUCAAAGAUGUGGUUUUCAGUAUCAGACCUUGGGCAUCACCUGGAAAUGAUGGUUUUCAGGCGGCCUUUUAUCAACAAUGCUGGGAUACAAUUAGCUUUGAGAUGACUGUCUACUUUUAUUUUAAGCCGGUGCUAAUCAGAUAAGACAUCUUCAACAACUUCUUCAUAAUUUUGGUCAAGCCUCUGGUCAAGUAAUCAACAUGGAAAAAUCAACAAUUUUCUUUGUUAAGCAUACUUCUCGGAACCGAAAAUUUGGUAUUACCAGUAUUCUUAAUAUGAAGCUUAUGGGUCUUGGAGAAAAGUAUAUGGGAAUUCCUCUUUUGUUACACAGGUCUCGACAGCAAAAUUGUAAGGGUAUUCUUGAUAAUAUGAAUCACAGACUUCAAGGCUGGUCCAGUAAAAUUGUUAAUCAAGAUGGGAGAACUACUCAGGUAAAUGCUGUUCUGAGUUCGAUUGGAAUGUACCAAAUGCAAGUCUUCAAGUUGCCUGACUCCACUAUUCAGAAUAUGGACAAGAUUCAGAGACAUUAUUGGUGGAACAAUUUUGGUAACCGUCAUACUCCUCAUCUUAUUUCUUGGAAUACUAUGAGAUUACCUAAAAGUCUAGGUGGACUCGGUAUUAAGAAUCUAAGUAGUUAUAAUUUAGCUUUCUUAGCUAAUUAGCUUGGAACCUGCUUCAUCACCAAGAUGUUAUUUGGGCUACAAUUUUAAAGGGUAAAUAUUUUCCUCAUAAUGAUCUCCAAUUUUUUCCACCCCCAGAGAAUACAAAUUCCAGCUGGAUAUGGCAGAGCAUAUGUAUUGGUCUUCACAUUAUUUUGAAGUAUGCUAAGUGGCAGGUAGGAAAUGGGGAGUCUAUCAACAUCUGGACUGCCAAUUGGAUCCCUUCCAUGGCAGCUACUUUACAAGAUUGGAAUGAUCUUAAUUUAAACAAAUAUCAAUGGGUUUCGCAAUUGAUAGAUAACCAUACAGAUCAAUGGAAUAUUGCUCUUCUGUGACAGCUCUUUACUGAUGCCCAGGUGAACUCCAUCUUUACUAUUCCACUUCAGUUAGAUUAAAAAGACUCUCUUAUUUGGCCUUUUACUUCAAUUGGUAUAUUUUCAACCUCCUCAAAUUAUAAAAUGCUAUGUCAGCUAGACAACACCAACAAUGCUUCUCUGAAAUUGUCUCCUCACUUUUGGCUCAAGUUCUGGAAACUAAAAAUUCCGUAUAAGUUUCAAAUUUUUAUAUGGAAAGGCCUUCAUAAUGGAGUUCCUGUUAAAGACAGAAUUUUUCAUCAUAUGGAUUCUUCUCAUCAGAAUUGUGUUAUGUGCAGUGCUGCUAACAAGGAGGAUUUGGAUCUUUUAUUGCUUCAUUGUUCUUUUGCUCAAGAUAUUUGGAGAUAUUUCUUUCCCAUUGGUUUUACUUCAAUGAUGCAGCAUUCAAAUUUUCUUUCUUGGGUUCAGAGUUGGCAGUCUAAAGAUUCUCUUGUUAGUAUUUACAAUACCCCUAUCACCAUUCAUGUCAUAGCUUGCAUUAUGCACAAUAUCUGGAAACAUAGGUGUAGAGUAAUCUUUAAUAAUCUUACCCCUAAUACUAACUCUAUCAUACAUCAGAUUAACCACUAUAUUGCCCGGCAUCAUUUAGAUAUUAAUUUUGAUCAUGUUUCUCGCUCCAUUACUGUUAGAUCCUCUGUGCAUAGUACUUGGAAGCCUCCUCCUUUUGGUGUGAUGAAAGUUAAUAUUGAUGUUGCUUUUAGUCCUCCUUCUCUUUUAGCUGUUAUUGGUAUAAUAACUCGAAAUCAUGCAGGACAAUAUGUGAUGGGAAAAGGGAUUGUGAAAAGAGCUAUUAAUAUACAUCAAUCUGAAUCUUGGGAUUUAACUGAAGCAAUGAUACUAGCUAAAUACUAUGGGUGGAAUCAAGUGAUCUUUGAGACUGAUAAUCUGAAUAUCAGUUCUUAUCUGCAUCAACAGUCUAUGUCUCAUUGGCAGAGUGUCCCUCUUCUUAAGAGGUGUGUAAAUUUAUGUGCCAAUAACUCUGUCUGGUCUUGUGUGUUUGUUAAUAGGGAGUGUAAUAAGGUAGCCGAUGCUGUAGCUAAAGCUGCUCGUAAACAUAGUUUGUGUGGGGAAUGGUGGUUGACUCCACCUGAUGUCUUAAUUUCUCAUAUAGAUUGUGAUAUAAACAACCUUACUGUGUAAUUUUAUGCCUCUUUGUUUAAAAAAAAAACUCUCUUUA